GCUGCUGAUCCUAAGAGAAAAUAAAGACACAUUUUUGGGAAGCAUCAUUCAGGUUGUGCAAGUGAAGAGCUCCCUCCUGAGGCCCCCUGCUGACAACAAGCACAACUCCGUACAAGUCUGAGAGCUUCAUGAGUGUGUGCACAUAACCUCCACCUCUGUGUGUGUGUGUGUGUGUGUGUGGCACCAUGCUGUGGACAGUGCUAUUAGCGCUGCUGGUGCUUCUGCUGCUGCAGACUCAGCUGUCCGUGUGCUUAAGGGAAUUACGCAACGGGGGUUCCAGCUCCCCUACCUUCUCCUCUUCAUCAUCCUCUUCUUCCUCCUCCUACAAUGCCACCCAGCAGCGGCUGCCUGGAGCUAUUAUUAUUGGUGUGCGGAAAGGCGGCACCAGAGCCCUGCUGGAGAUGCUCAACCUGCACCCAGAUGUAGAAGUGGCAAAGGCUGAGGUGCACUACUUCAACGUGGAGGAGCACUACCGCAAAGGCCUGGCCUGGUACCGAGCCCAGAUGCCCUUCACCCUCCCUGGUCAGCUGACGGUGGAGAAGACCCCCGGCUACUUCGCAGCUCCCCAAGUUCCUGCACGGGUCUGGGACAUGAACCCCGCCGUCCGCUUGCUACUCAUUGUCCGUGACCCAGCUGAGAGGCUCGUCUCUGACUACACCCAAGUCCUCCACAACCGCCUGACACGCCACAAGCCCUACCAGCCUCUAGAGGAGCUCCUGAUCCACAAGGGUCACAUUGACCCUGGGUACAAAGCGCUGCAGAGGAGUCUGUACCACCUGCACCUGGCUCGCUGGCUGGAGGUCUUCCCCAGGGAGCAGAUCCACGUGGUGGACGGUGAUGCGCUCAUUCGCGAUCCCUUCCCCGAGCUGAGAAAAGCCGAGAGGUUUCUGGACCUGCCGCCCAGGAUCAGCCCAAACAACUUCUACUACAACACCACCAAGGGCUUCUACUGCCUCCUGUCUGCUGGACACGACAAGUGCCUGGACGAGUCUAAAGGCAGGCCACAUGCACCGCUGAGCACUCAGGCCUUCAGGAAGCUUUGCCACUACUUCAGGAAGCCCAACAAGUUGUUCUUUGAGAUGGUGGGGAGGUCAUUCUCCUGGUGCUGAUCCAGCGGUUAACAGCUACUAUGGAGAUUAAACACCUCCUGAACAAUGCCAACACAUUCAGGGACUCAGAGGGAAAAUGAAACUGUUGUUUAUGUGUUUUAUUAGGUCUGCAGGUAGAUGAAUGGAAAGAUUUGAGCUCAGUUUAAGUCAUAAAAUCCCUUGUUGUUGAUACCUACUCAGGUAUAAAUGGCCAACAAAAGCACCACAACUUUAGAAGAUAUGUGGAGAAUUCAAACUGCUUUGGCCAACACAAACUUUUACCAUGACCAUGCUGGUGCCUCUGUGGAUGAACUCACUCGAAAAAGCUAUGACAACUGUGCCAUACACAACAGAAAAAAAACUGCUUGGUAGUGCUUAUUUGUGGGAUGUUAAAAAAAAAUGUGCAGACUUUGAAGUAAUGUAGAAAAUAGACAAAUGGUGAAACAAUGGUUGAAUUAAUGAAUUGUUGCACUAUGAACUCUGAUUGCAUACAAAAUCAAUCAAGGUUCAAUAUAGACAAUGUCAAACAGAAAUCAACUCCUUGUUUUGAUUUUUCCUAACAGUUGUAAAAAGGUUUGUGUGUUAGUAAAAUGUUUUAUUCAUUCUGUUUUUACUUCUUUUAUUUUACUUGGCUGACUUUUAGAUGUUCAGUGAAUAUAUCUAUUUUGACUCUUUUGAAAUGAGCCACACUGAAAACUUUUUGUUUUUUUAAAACUUUCAAUGCCAAUGUAGUAUUGCUAGUUUGUGUUUUUUUUUAAACAUACUUCUAAUAAAUGUGUUCAGUCCUCCUGCCUUGUGCGAGCCUCCCCUGAACCCAGUCGUACGGUUUAAAGGGUUUAAAAACAUCAAACAUAAAGACACAGAUAUACAG